ACUUUUAUUAUGAACUAAUGGCCUUCCGGUGAUGUAAGACUCGCAAGUGUUUAGAUGUCUCAUGCCUGCACAUUUCUUCUGUCUGCAAAUGUAUUUUCCCCUUCAUUCUUUGGUGAUCGACUGCUAGACCGUUUGCUUCCAGCAGCAGUGAAGGACUCUGUUGUUGUCGCGCGUUGCUGAGCGCGUCAUGUGAUGGCGGGUGUGAUCGGAGUCUAGAAACUGUCAACCAGACCUAUUUUGUGCAUGUAGAAGUGGAUCCAUGGGUGUCCUGCGGGCACUGUUGGUCACCAUGGGAAGGAUCAGCACAUUUAGGUCCUAUCAGAUCAUGCUGCUCUUUGCUGCAGCAUUGGCAGUGGUGUCCUUCUACUACUUUGGCUCCGAAAAGCAGAACUUCUCAAGCACCACGAAACGGCUCAAGGAAACACAAGCAAGCCACAACACCAACCGUGAGGAUGCGGAUCUUUCCAUAGACAUCCGGUCUGGACGUCCAGAAAGCAGAACAGGAACUGGAGAUGACCUGGACGGAAAGCCGUCACACUUUCAUGCUCUCAUGAUGUUCACCAAGGUUUACAAGAGCUUGAGCUUGCAGCAGAAGUUUCAGGUGGCCAUGCGCUCCAUGGCCAAACACGGACGCUUCCUGGAGGAUGAGAUGCUGGUUCUCCAUUACGUCUCUGAUGCAGGUAGUCAGGAGCUGGGGGAGAAGAUGCUUCCUGAACUUCUGCUGGAUGCAACUUUCCGGUAUGAGGUGGUGUUUCACAAUGUAGAUGCCCUUACGGAGAAAUUAUUCCCCAUCGUGGAGGCCAUGCAGAAACACUUUAGUGCAGGUUCCGGCACGUACUAUAGUGAUGCCAUCUUCUUCCUGUCGGUGGCCAUGCAUCGCAUCAUGCCUGCAGAACUGAAGCGCAUUGUUCAGUUGGACCUGGACCUCAAAUUCAGAAGCAACAUCAGAGACCUCUUCCAAGAGUUUAACCAUUUCCCUGCUGAGGCUGUCAUUGGAAUUGCACGUGAAAUGCAGCCAGUUUACAGGCACACUUUCUGGCAGUACCGCAAAGAGAAUCCCAAGUCCUAUGUGGGUGACCCUCCACCAGAUGGUCUGCCCGGCUUCAACAGCGGUGUAAUGCUUCUGAACCUUGAUGCCAUGCGUCACUCUACCUUAUACAACCAGCUUCUGGAGCCCGAGCGGGUGGCUCGCCUCGCAGAGAAAUACCACUUUCGGGGACACCUGGGAGAUCAGGAUUUCUUCACAAUGAUCGGGAUGGAGCACAGGGAACUCUUUUACCCACUUUCCUGCGGCUGGAACCGACAGCUUUGCACAUGGUGGAGGGAACACGGGUAUGGUGACGUCUUCCAGCUGUACUAUCACUGCGAUGGGCCGGUGCACAUCUACCACGGCAACUGCAACACUCCCAUACCUGAUGACUGAGGUCCAAAGUGCGUCUUUGAAUGCUACCUUUGAUUAAACUCAUUUUGUUUGCACAUCUUGAACAAAUUUUAAAUCAAGUGGACCGAAGGCAGAAGGGGCUCAUUGUUAGAGGUGCUUAUAGUGUAGCAUUCCCAUGACUAAUCACAUUUACACAAUAUAAUCCAGCCAUUACCACGUCAAUCAUUCGUUUAACACCACUGAGGCUGUUGUGGCACCUUUUCAAAGUCACUAAAAGUCUCUGACUUAAAGGGAUAGUUCACCCAAAAAUGAAAAUUAGUGCAUGAUUUACUCACCCUCAAGCAGUCCUAGGUGUUAUGACUUUCUUCUUUUAGACAAACACAAUCAGAGUUAUAUGAAAAAUGUCCUACGUCAUCCGCUGGAACACCACUCUCUCGUGAACGUGCGCACAGUACGACAGUUAGUGGAAACUAGAGAUUACAGUUUAUAAAGUUUUUAAUAUUUAUGAUAUUUCAGAAGGCCUUUAUUAACCCCCCAGAGCCAUGUGGAGCACUUUAUAUGAUGGAUUGAUACACUUUUUUGGGCUCCAAAAUUUUGACCCUCAUUCACUGCCAUUAUAAAGCUGGGAAGAUCCAGGAUAUAUUUUUAAUAUAACUCUGAUUGUAAUCAUCUGAAAGAAGAAAGUCAUAUACACACAUGGCUUGAGGGUGAGUAAAUCAUGGGGGAAUUUUCAUUUUUGGGUGAACUAUCCCUUUAAAUACCAGUUGUUUUUCUCUUUUUAAAUAAUGCAGUGCGGCUUUGACUCUCAGUAGUCUGAGUUUCCUCAUGCAGGUGUCUCAUCAAAUCGCUCUUAGACAGCAGGGAAGGAGCCAAUCAGAGAGUCUUUUCCUCCUCACGUUAAAAUUUGUAUUGUUUACAGGUGCAGUUGCACUCUUGCAGUCACACUGAGGUGCCACUUAUCUUCCUAAUGCAUGCUUUAAAAAGUGGAGAGAGCGGAUGCGUAUAUUUUUAUUGGUUUUAUUUUCAAUGCAAUCCUCUGUUCCUAUGUUUUUAUGCAGUGAUGAAAGCAGGGUGGAAAGGGUUGUUGACCCACUUUCCUAAGUUUUUGUGCGCUGAUGUUGGAAAUCAGUUUUCUCUGUGAUGUGCAACUGAAUCGCCUUAGAACAGCCAAGAUAGCAUCUAGAACAUCUGAUCAGUGGUCUCAUCUAGAAAACAUUCUUGCCGAGGUGCUCUGAUCUGCCUGAGAAAUGGGGAAGUGGGAUUUGCUGGAGUAUUCCAAAGAGAACAGCCUCUGCCUUGAAGGGGAUAUACACUAUAUUUUGAGGGCAGAGCACUAGCUGUUGUGGUUGGCUGGCAUUUUUUGAGCGAUGUUGCUGUUGGCGAAGCUCUGUGGGAUUGUGUGAAAUGCUCGUAAUAACCUGUGCAAUGUCAAAUCAACAGGCGGAGAGAAAGAACUUAUAAUGAGGCCUCAUGUGUUGGCAGGCAGCCAUGAAAUCCCACUUCAAGCUCUUCUGGGUCCAGUUUUGUGAGGUUAAGGACUGUGUGUCUUUGGGAUCUUCAAAGAAUUUGUUCUAUGCUUUGUUGGGAGUGCAGUCAUGUUUUGUCUAACCAUUUUAGACCAGCUUUUGCCUGAUCAAGUUAAAAGCAAAAUGUUUAAUUAAUUAACCUUUAAUCUGCUAGUCCAGUCACAUAAAGUAUUCACGCUUUUUUCCUGUUUUCUUUCUUAUGUAUUAAGUUUCAUUGGUCUCAUUCCUGAAAGAUGAGCAAAGGCAUAUUUCACUGUUAACUUUAUUUUGUACAUUAUCGUUCAAAAGUCAGGGGUAGGAAAGAUUUGUAAUGUUUUUGAGGGAAGUCUCUUAUGCUCACAAGGGGUGCAUUUAUCGAUCAAAAAUUAAAACAUUAAAACAGUAAUAUUGUAAAAUAUUUUUACAAUUUAAAAUAAUUAUCUCUCU